AUGAUGAUGCUUCCUCUGCUAAUCUUUUUCUGUUUCUCUGCGCUACCCCCUCAUAUGGCAAAGCCUUCUAAUUAUUCCGAUCAGCAAGCUCUCUUGGCUUUCAAAGCUGCAAUCUUUCUCGAUCCAUUAAAUUCCCUCCUCGAUUGGUCUCCCAAUCACACCUUCUGCAAUUGGACCGGUGUUAUCUGCUCUUCUCAUCGACAGCGUGUGGUUUCCUUGAAUCUCACAGAUAUGGGAUUAGCUGGUCCAAUCUCUCCAUUGCUGGGAAAUCUUUCCUUCCUCAGAGUCCUUGCUUUCAGAAAUAAUAGCUUCGAGGGCCAUAUUCCAUAUCAGCUUGGAAAGCUGUUUCGCUUGAGAAUCCUUCGGUUGUCUCAAAACAAUUUGGAGGGUCCCAUUCCAUCCUCUCUAGGAGGCUGCCGUUCUUUACAAUUUCUCAUACUGUCGUAUAACUAUUUGAGUGGAAGCAUACCCUCUGAACUGAGUCUUCUUUCAAAUUUAGAAACCAUGGUCUUAGGAGUAAACAAUUUUACAGGUACUAUCCCACCUUUCUUAGGAAACCUCUCCUUUUUAAUUGCCAUUGAUUUGGGUGAAAAUAGUCUGCAAGGUGGUAUUCCUGCUGAGUUGGGUAUGCUUAGUCAGCUAAACUCGCUUAACCUUCGUGCCAAUAGCUUCACAGGAUCGAUCCCUGUCACCCUUUCCAAUUGCACUUAUCUCCAAUUGUUGGUGCUAUACCAGAACCACUUAAGCGGCCUAAUUCCAUGGGAGUUUGGAAGGCUGUCAGAGUUGCAACAAUUGAAUUCGUGGGGAAACCAACUCAGUGGAGAAAUACCCAGCUCAGUGGGUAAUUGGACUCAGUUGCAAGUGCUGGAUUUGAGUAGAAACCAACUCAGCGGCAGAUUGCCACCAGGAUUUGGGAAAAUGCAGCAGCUGAGAAGACUUCUUUUGUCGGUAAAUCAUUUUGUGAGUGGAAGCAGUGAUUUGUCUAUUCUAAUAGCGUUAACAAAUUGCUCCAACUUGGAAGAUCUUGAGUUGGGACUUAAUCAUCUAACUGGCGUGUUGCCCAAUUCAAUUGGCCACCUUUCAAGUUCAUUAUCAAUUUUAAUGUUAGGCUCAAACGAAAUUGGGGGAAACAUUCCAGAUGCGAUCGGUAACCUUACAAAUUUGUCAUUACUAAGCCUAAAAGAAAACCGAUUCAAUGGGACCAUUCCAUCUGCACCCUGCAGAUUUCUAAAUCUGGAAAGAUUGUAUCUGGGCACAAACAAUUUGCACGGAAGAAUUCCAGAUUGUUUUGGUCAAUUAAAAAGGCUUGGAUUGUUGUCUCUCAGCCAGAACAUGCUUUCAGGACAAAUUCCAGAAGGUCUUGGUGACCUUCCACAGUUAAGAGAGCUUAACCUUAGUCACGAUCAACUAUCAGGGAAAAUACCUGCCAGUUUAGGAAGAUGCAAGACUUUGGAGACGGUGGACAUGGCGUACAACAAACUAACAGGAAAUAUACCUUCUGAAGUUGCAGGUCUUCAAAAUCUACAGUUCUAUUUCAACGUUUCUGGGAAUUCACUACAAGGUUCUAUUUUGGAACUGAGCAAAAUGGUUAUGGUUUUAGCUAUAGAUGUUUCUCAAAACAAUUUCUCUGGUGGCAUUCCUAGUGCACUGUCAAGCUGCAAGGGGUUGGAAUAUCUAAACCUUGCUGGGAAUGCAUUUGAGGGGCCAAUCGCAGCAUCACUGGCAGAUCUAAAAAAUCUUGAGUACAUGGAUCUUUCUUGUAAUAAUUUGUCAGGUAAAAUACCGGUGGCUUUCAAAAAGAUGAAAAUGCUCCAGCAUCUCAAUCUCUCUUCAAACAGGUUAAGUGGAGAGGUCCCAGAGGGUGGAGCUUUUGCAACACUUGAUGCCUCAGAAAUUAUGGGAAAUCUUGGCCUUUGUGGUGGAUGGAUAAACUUGCCACCAUGCUCUCAUUCCAAACACAAACAUCCAUUUGUCUCCAAAAAGCAUUUUCAUAUAGAUGCAAACGUUCCAGUACCCCUGCUCGAAGUAUGGCCUCCAAAAAUUUCAUAUGAAGAACUUGUAGAUGCAACUGGUGAGUUUACUGAUGAAAAUCUUAUAGGAACUAGUAGUUUUGGGUCGGUUUAUAAAGGGAUUCUAAAAAAUGGUAGAAAUAUUGCUGUUAAAGUUCUCAAGUUGCAAGAUGAACAUGCUCACCAAACUUUUAUCAGAGAAUGCAAUGCAUUAAAGAGACUUCGACACCGCACUGUAAUUAAAAUAAUUUCAGCAUGCUCCAACCUUGAUUUUAAAGCCUUAAUUCUACCAUUCAUGUCAAAUGGAAGCCUAGAGAGAUGGUUGUAUCCUCAUGAAGGGGGUGGAUGCAAAUUGAAUUUGAGUGAUUGA